GUUCGACGUUCGACUCGGUUCGAGCACGGUUGGCAUGCGACAAGGGCAAUAAAACAACGAGCACGACGCCGGGGCAGCACUUGGACGCGCACGGGACAAACGACACGAUGGCCGCCGCCCCGCUCGCACUGGACAAACGCGGCCUGCGCUUACGAGACGCCAACCGCCCCCUCACAGCACCCAACAAGCAGCGUGUCGUCGGCCUCGAGGUGACGCCGGACAAGGCACCCACGCUCCGCGGCGCGCGACCCGCGCCGGCCGUCGGGUUCUACGCCUGGGCCACACCGCACAAGAAGCAGCAGCCACGGACGAGGGCGAUCUCGCACCCGGCGCUGCGCGAGCCGAUCUCGAAGGCGACGCCGCUGUCGCAGGCCGUGCGCGCGGCGACGGCGCGGCGCGACGCGUCGAUCGGCGACGCGUACCGCGCGAAGCACGCGGCGCUGCGGCGGCAGAACCGCUUGUUCGAUCUGCGGUUCGACGACGCCAAACUGGGCUUUAAGAUUUGCCUGGGGAGGCGCUCCGUCGACGCACGACGCCGGUCGACGCGCCGACGCGUUUUAGUGGACGAGACGUUUCCCUCGUGCCAGGCGUUUGAUAGAUUGCGCCCCCACGACGAACUCGUCGCGAUCUGUGUGGAAGUCAAAAUUUUACGGCACGUUCGUCCUGAAUCGCCGCGUCGUGCACCCGACGCACUGGUUGAUUUCCACACAGGUCGCAAUCAACGGGGCCUUGUUAAUUGAGGUUGACGCCGAGGCCUUCGCGUCGCUCGUGGAACGCCUCCGGACGCUACCCCGGCCGCUGACCCUGACCUUCGCCGCGGGCGAGGGGCGCGAGCGGGCGUUUGCCUUGCAGCUCCGCCGGCGCGCCGCCGCGUCGUCGUUGGUGCAGACUGCACCAUUACCUGUCGCAUCAUUGCCAUCAACGCCGCCGCCGCGCCGUCGGCGCCAGGCCGCGGACGAAGACGCGGAACGCACGCAGUGCGGCCUGACGUGCUUCGGGAGCGCGUAUGUGUGUGCCUAAGUCAUCCCCAAAAGAAAUCA